AUGGUUCGCCGACUAUGCAGUCCACACGUCCCGCUAGAUGAACUUGACCGACUGACCCAUGCUGUACUAGACAACGGUUAUCCCAUCGCAUUCAUCCGCAAGUACAGCAAGGCGAUCAACGCCAAGCCUAAUUCCCUAUCUGCCAAGAAGAAAGAUGUGGAAGAUAUGGAACUGCCUUUCAAGGGAGAUGAUGUACCAACAAAGAUAUCUCGACGUUUAACACACGCCGUCGAAAGAACGUACAAUACCGCAAGACUAAUGAUUGCCUACUGGACGUUUCAUUGCCUCACACGCACUAAUCUGGAUCGAAAGGACGUUAGUGUUACCUCCAACUGCAUCUGUUCAUUUUAA